AUGUUUAUGGCCACCUUCCACCUGUCUCCGCAGGUGAAGCAUAGCCAUCUCGUGGAAAAAUUGAGCUCCAAUGGAAUCUACAAGAAGUCGGAACUGGGAAAAAGAAAACGGGACGACCUCCUUCGGGUGUAUGCGUUAACGUGCGUCAAGAAAAGAGAGGCGAUGGUACCAGACGACUGGAGAGUCCGAGCCCUGUGCGUUGAUGACGUCGAACUAAAAGCGAGUGUACUAUCGAAAGCCAAGGUCCCCCUGACGAAGACGGACGGAAAGGCGGGCAGCAGCGGCAAGCAGGACGUGACCAGAUCGGACGCCGAUCAGAACGUCAAGGGCAAUGUCUCGCAGCGGCAGCAAGAAGACCAUGCGCGGGAGGAGUUUACGCAGUAUCUUCGUGGAGUUGUUCCGUGCACAUCAAAGGGCAUGAACCAGGAUACUCUUGUUAGAAGCUUCCUCGACCAGAAGAGCAUGUCCUACGAAAAAGCUCCCAUUCUCUACACGAAGGAAAGAGACUACGCAAACCUACAGAUCGAAGAGCUCCUGAGGAGCGGGACGCUCGAGGUCACCGAUGAGAAGCAGGCGGAGUACAAGGAGGCAGUGGAGAAGCACCGGGCGUAUGCUAUGAUGGUUCAGCACUUCCCCGCGGACCAGCUACCCCCGGCGCCCCCGCUGCCUCAAGCCCGCGGGAUGCGUGUACUACGGAUCAAAAACGCAGUAGGUAGUCCCUGUCUGUUUUGGUUUCCUCAAGGGUGCCUCAAAUUAGCAAAGGGCACCACUUUUACGUGCAAGGACGGUGCGCCAUCACUGUUACUGGGUACGCUGCUUCGAAGAAUGAUGGCGUUGUCUGCCCUAAGAUUGGACCCCUGCCGCUUCGCCUGCAGCACUUUUCUCCCCUGGCCGUCCGCAGCGCAAAGACCACCAGUAGCUUGUGCCGCUCCACAGCCAUCCAUAGCCUGUAGUCCAGCCAGCUUCAUCGGGGGAAGCACUUGCAUCCCGACAGACCAGUCAAACACCCCGAGACGCUUGCGACCUCAAAGGUCCACCGCAGUACGCGCUAGGACGGGGCGACUACUAGGCUCUGAUCCCCCUCCCGGAGAGAAAAAGAGCAAGAAAAAGGAAAGCGGCAGUAAGCAGAGCCAUGAGGGGCAAAGUUUUAGUCAGGAAGAGAUUGUGAGCAAAGCACUUCGGGUGGUCGAGGCUGACGAAAAGAAACAGGGGGGUGGCUUCUCUGCCAAUGUGAACCCCCGGGAGGCGACCCAGGGGAAGGUGGACUUUGUGCAAGUCGAGGCGUGGGGUAGCGAUCCGCGGAACGAUCAAUCUGAAAUUGAGAAACUCAAGGUCAAAAGUUUCAGCCCGGCGUUCACCCCUGCCGACGAGUCCGGCCUGUUCUACGAGCAACUAGCGCGGCGGCUGGCGCUCCUCGAGACGAGCGGCGAGCUCCGGGUGGCCACCGCAAAGCCCAUCCCGGACUUCACGCGAUGGCGCUUCGGCGUGCGGCGGUACUUACAAUAUUUGGUUGAUCUGCGAUGCAUCCACCGGGUACUAGAAUCCGCAAUCGAAGCGGCGGCGCCCGUGUGUCCGGCGAUCCGGCUCUUCAGCACCGAGUUGGGAUUGAAUCGCGAAACGGCGCUUGCGGAGGACAUAGCGGUGCUUAUUUACACCAUGAAGAAGAAGGGGCUGCGGGCGGGGCCGCGGGAUGGGCGGCUCGUGCCGGAGCCCACCACUCAGACGCAGGCAUAUGCCAAGUACAUCCAUCAGCUCGGGAGUGCAGCCACCAGUCUCGACGCUGCUGAAGCGAGCGCGGCCCAAAAGCAGUUGCUCGCGCACAUCUUUGCCCUCCACGUCACGCAUCUGACGUCAGGCAUGCGCAUUGGGUCCAAAGCCCUAGAACUCCUGCCGCUGAUGCGGGAGGCGCAGGCGGUGCGCUUCUACCGGGACUACCCGGAGCAUGCGCAGAAUCCUCUCAAGCGCUUCGUGACGGCAAUGAACGAAGCGGGGAACGCGCUCGAGGGGGGCGAGGCUCGAGAAGAGGUUAUGGCGGAGCUUCCGAAGGCAUUGCAGAAGACAAGUCUGCUUUUGACGGAACUUGCGGUGAUCGAGGAAACGGAGACUCUUCAAGAAAACGCACCCUGAAAGAAGUGGAUGUGUGUGCAUGCGUCUGCCUUCGUACAGCGUAAUUGGCAACGUUGGGCAUGAAUGUUUUGACCAGCAACUUAUGACUGAGCUGCUGCGAUAGGACACUUACAAGAGGACCGGGCCUUUUACAUGAUUGACUACUGUGAGUUCCCGAAUCCAAGCCGCGUUGAUGCUUACAC